AAAGAGCAAGAGCUCAAGGAAGACGACAUCAAAAGACAAACACAAGAACUGGAGACCAGUAAGAACAGUGUACUGGCAGAAAGAGAAGAACUGGAACUUUUGAGGAAGGACCUCAACAAGAAAGUAGAAGAGGUGGAAUCAGCCACAAACAGCAUGAGUGGAGAGCGAGAACAACUCACGAAAAUGAAGACUGACAAUGACAAAGGGAGAGAAAUGCUUUUGAAUGAAAAGGACAUAAUGGACAGAGAAAGGGAAGAGCUGAAAAUAAGAGAAGAUCAACUGACGAGUAAAAUGAAAUCCAUAGAAACUCUGAGAGCAAAACUUCUACAGCAAAAUGUGAAGAUAAGUGAAGGCGUAAAAUACAAGGUGGACAGGUUGAAACAAAACAAUGAGGAUGUGCUAAUGCUGUACACUGUACUGGAACAAAAGCUUGGAGAACUUGAUAAACAGAAAGAAAGCGUGGCUGGUGACACUGAGAUUUUAGAGAGAGAAAGGGAAAGUCUGCUAAGUAUGCUCUCCGACGUGGACAUCCAGAGAGAACACAUGGAAAAUAUGUGGAAGCAAAAGUUUGAGAUGGAAAAACAAAAUCUUGGAAAACUGAAGGCAGAACUGAAGCGAGACAGAGAGGAUCUGAAUAGAAGGAAUGAGCUGUUGAACAAAGAGAAAGUGGACUGUGACCAGAUGCGGUCUGACAUGCAGACACAAACUGACUUAUUAGAACAAGAGAAACAAGACAUAAAAGAGGAAAGAGACAGGUUGGAAUUCACAAAGAUAGAGCUGCAAAAGAAGAAGGAAAACCUUGAAUGUCUGUUUGACGGCAUAUACAGAGAGAAAACCAACAUUAAAGAUCUAGCCCUUCAUGUUCAGACAAAAAGGGACGAACUUGAGAAAGUCAUUAACAUGAUUGCCUUCAGACGAAAAGAACAAGAGCUCAGGGGAGACGACAUCAAAAGACAAACACAAGAACUGGAGACCAGUAAGAACAGCGCACUGGCAGAAAGACAAGAACUGGAAGUUUUGAAGAAGCAU